AGAAAGAUCGUAGAAGAAGAAGCAACAAUCUUCUUCAAAUAAAACCAUAGAUAUCGAUAGGAAUUAAUAAUUAUAUAUUGCGUGAGGAAAGGGUUGAAAUUAAUAGAUCGAUAGGAAUAAGAGAGAGAGAUAUGGCUUCCGUGAUGUAUGCGUUGUUGCUGUGCCUUACAGCCGGGGCACUUUCAGUGGUCCAGGGCGAAGACCCUUACCUGUUCUUCACAUGGAAUGUCACCUACGGAACCAUCUCUCCCCUCGGAGUCCCCCAGCAAGCAAUUCUCAUCAAUGGCCAGUUCCCAGGACCCAACAUCAACUCCACCUCCAACAACAACAUCGUCUUGAACGUCUUCAACAACCUCGAUGAGCCAUUCCUUUUGACAUGGAGCGGCAUCCAGCAGAGGAAGAAUUCGUGGCAGGAUGGAACCCUUGGAACCAUGUGCCCCAUCGUCCCUGGCACCAACUUCACCUACCGCUUCCAAGUCAAGGAUCAGAUCGGGAGCUACAUGUACUAUCCCGUCACUGCCAUGCACAGGGCAGCAGGCGGCUUUGGUGGACUCCGCAUCAACAGUCGUCUGCUCAUUCCCGUCCCCUAUGCUGAUCCCGAGGAUGAAUACACCGUUAUGAUCGGCGACUGGUACACCAAAAGUCACACCGCUCUCAAGAAAUUAUUGGACAGCGGCCGCACCAUGGGAAGGCCCGACGGCAUCCUAAUCAACGGCAAGAACGCCAAGGGAGACGGCAAAGACGAGCCCCUCUUCACCAUGAAGCCAGGGAAGACCUACAAGUACAGGGUCUGCAACGUGGGCUUCAAGAACUCCCUCAACUUCAGGAUCCAAGGCCACCCCUUAAAGCUUGUCGAGAUGGAAGGCUCCCACACCGUCCAGAACACCUACGAGUCCCUUGACGUGCACUUGGGGCAAUGCUUCUCGUUGCUCGUCACUGCCGACAAAGAGCGCAAGGACUACUACAUGGUAGCCUCGACCCGAUUCACCAAGACCGUGCUCACCGGCAAAGGCAUAAUCCGCUAUGAAAACAGUAACGGCCCUGCAUCCCCCGAGCUCCCCGAAGCUCCUGUAGGAUGGGCCUGGUCUCUCAACCAGUUCCGUUCCUUCCGCUGGAACCUUACUGCCAGCGCUGCCAGGCCUAAUCCUCAGGGCUCGUACCACUACGGAAAGAUCAACAUCACCCGUACCAUCAAGAUCGUCAACUCCGCCUCGAUGGUGAAUGGCAAGCUCCGCUAUGCCAUCAACGGAGUCUCCUACGUGGAAUCCGAAACCCCACUCAAGCUGGCUCAGUACUUUGGUGUGGCCGACAAGGUCUUCAAGUACGACACCAUCCAAGAUGAACCCCCAGCCACCGUGGAGGACAAGGUCACCUUGGCACCCAACGUUGUCAACCAGACCUUCCGUGACUUUGUAGAGAUCAUCUUUGAGAACCACGAGAAGAGCAUUCAGUCAUGGCAUUUGGAUGGAUACUCCUUCUUUGCCGUCGCCAUUGAGCCCGGGAGGUGGACCCCAGAAAAGAGAAAGAACUACAACCUUCUGGACGGAGUGAGCAGGCACACCAUCCAAGUGUUCCCCAAAUCCUGGGCGGCCAUAAUGUUGACCUUCGACAAUGCCGGAAUGUGGAACGUGAGGUCGGAACAACCGGAGAGGCGCUACCUCGGACAACAGUUCUACGUGAGCGUCCUGUCACCUGCACGCUCCCUCAGGGACGAGUACAACCUCCCAGAAACCACCCAACUCUGUGGCAUUGUCAAGGAUUUGCCUAAGCCCCCUCCAUACAGCGCUUAAACGAUCACAUCGUCAUCCACUAGUAUAUUAUAUAUAUGCUAGCUAGUACUGUAACACCAAAAGGAAUGGCCAUCAAGCAAUGGAUUGGCUGAUUGAUCAUGAUUGUAUCAACCCUUUCCAAAAUGCAAUAAAUUUACAGUUCUAAUAUUAUCAUA